AUGUCACUGACGAUCAAGCACCUUAACGCCGACGCGUCAUUUUUGCUUACUUUUCAACCAUUUACUACGCCAGCACCUACAGCCUCAGCUCAUGGAAAAGGGAAAGCACCGGCCCAUGUGCCUGGAAGCUUCUCCAUAGUUAUUGAUCCCUGGCUUUCCGGCUCGGUGGAGAACGUUCACCCAAAGGUCCAAUAUACACGGAAUCUCGUUCCAUCAUGCAUUUCAUCCUUGAAAGAGCUGGCUGAGGCCCCGGACGUGGUUCUCAUUUCGCAAGCUAAGUCGGAUCAUUGUCAUGAGGAAACGCUGGUCCAGCUCCCGACCACGGGCAAAAAGACGACAUAUAUCCUGGCUGAGCCAGCCGCGGCGAAAAAGAUCAAAGGAUGGAAGCACUUUCUGCCGUCACUUGUGCACCCUCUUGAGGCCUUUGACGAGAAGAAAAAGGACAAGAGUCUCCAUCGGUUUACCUUGCCGGCUCUACAUCAGGAGCGAGGGACCCCAGGAGAAGUAGCUAUAGCUUUUAUUCCGGAUAAAUGGGACAUGACCGGCCUCCACAAUGCUGUCGGCAUAACCUAUCGCGCCCCAACAGCUACAGGUCGAAAGGAUGGCAAGCCUGGUCCCUGCCUUUCAAUCAUCUACACUCCUCAUGGUAUCCCGUACCCGCUCUUAGAGCGCUACGUCUCUUCCCAUCUAGCAAAGGAAGGCGCUCUCCCACUUUCACUGCUGCUGCAUUCGUUCGAUCGCGUUGAGAACCCCUGGUGGCUCGGUGGAACUCUCUUGGCUGGCCUGCCUGGUGGGAUUGAUAUCGCCAAGAACCUCUACCCGCGGGCUUGGAUCAGUGCACAUGAUGGCGAAAAGGAAAACCGCGGCGCAGUGGUCCACAAUUUGAAGACGGUAAGAUACAGUCACACCGACGUCGAGGCAGCUCUCAAGGAUGAAUACUCCGCACAUACAGAUGUGUUGGUCAUGGAACCUGGAGCAGAAUACAAGAUAAGCGUUGCGUGA